AUAGACUAAACGGGGACCGAAAGGAAAAAAGCACACACUAUGGCGAGUUGGUAUUCUCUCGGAAUCGCCUUCUUCGCCGCGAUGGGCACAUUUCUCUUCGGAUUCGACACUGGCAUUGCCACAACUACCAUCGCGCAUCAAAGUUGGAUCGAUUACAUGCACCACCCUUCCAAUGGAAUCACAGGAGCAGUAGUAGCCGUAUAUAUUGCGGGUGAAGCUGUCGGUGCUCUGGGGCAAACUUUUAUAGGAGACAGACUGGGUCGUAUUCGAUUUAUGCAGCUACUGUGCAUCAUUGUAACGAUCGGUACGACGAUCCAGACGGCAUCAGUUAACAUCGGAAUGUUCUUAGCGGGUCGUGCCAUUGCGGGUAUGGCUGUGGGUGCUAUGGUUGCUACUGUGCCUAUCUACCUGAGUGAGAUCUCGGCACCAGAUCAACGGGGCCUGAUUGGAGGUAUAUCAGGGUGUGGUAUCUCCUUCGGUACUAUGAUGUCUAACUGGGUGGGAUUCGCGUGCUCGUAUGCACCCUAUGGUGCUACACAAUGGCGCUUACCCCUGGGUAUCCAAAUACCCUGGGGCGUCAUUAUGUUCAUCGGUUUAUCGACGUUCAUGCCCGACUCUCCGCGACAGCUCAUCCGCAACGGUAAAAUCGAGGCGGCCCGACGCGAGUUUGCUAGGGUCCGACGGGAGCUUCAGCCGCAUGAAGUACACGAGGAGUUCGCCUUGAUGCAGGCACAAAUCGAGUUCGAAAUGACGCGCGAGAUCCAGUCAUACCACGAGGUUUUCACACUUUUCGGCCGUCGAGCCAUGGUAUCCAUAGUUGUUCAAACUAUGACAAGUCUUACUGGUAUAAAUGUUAUACAAUAUUAUCAGACGACACUUUAUAAAUCCCUAGGAAUCCAACAGCAGACUAUACUUGCGUUGGCAGGUGUAUACGGAACAGUUGCCUUCCUAUCAAACUCCAUUACUACGCGAUACCUAACAGAUCAAUGGGGUCGCCGAAAGAUGAUAUUGGCAGGUUUAUCUGGUCUCAUAUUAACCAUGAUAUAUUCCGCCGUGAUGCAGCGCAUUUUCCAGGAUAGCGAAAACAGGAUCGGCAAAGGUUUCGCAGUGUUAGGUAUAUAUUUAUACGUGGCAUGGUACUACGCAAUGAUCAACUCUACAACUUGGUUAUAUGGCGCAGAAGUACUGCCUAUUGCGCUGCGCAGCAAGGUGAUGGGUCUUGCAGCGGCAGGUCAUUUUAUCGUCAAUGUUGCUGUCACCGAAGCCGGUCCGAGCGCCUUCGCCAAUAUCCGCGAAAAUUACUACUACGUCUUUGUUGGGUGCACAUUGCUCUUUUUAGUCAUCGCGUAUCUCUAUUUCCCAGAGACACGGCGAAAGACUCUCGAGGAAAUCGCACAAGCCUUCGGUGAUAAAGUUGUUCUUGUUGAUGAAGCCCGGAUCGAUGGGGAACAAGCCGUCCUGGCAGCACGAGAUGAGGAAAACGGGAGCAUCACGAAGGCGGACAAUAAGGGCCAAGCCACAGCAUCAACCACUUCGACUGCUCCCCCCUCACAUGCCUCUGUAUCGUAGCCAAUGCUAUCCCAGCAUUAUAGCUUAAACUCAUAUGAACAAUUAAUCAAAAUAAUGUGCUAA